UCCUUUAUCUAUAGGAUUUAUCUAACCUAGACAUCUCUUACCCACAACCUACCCUGUUCUGAGAAUGCUGAACCAACACAUAAGCAAUCAACGUGGACUACUUGAUCAUCACAUCAAAUCACAGUCUCAUUAAUCACAACCGUCAAAGAUCACUCAACACCUUUCCCAAGUCCAAUACCAAUAUCCCAAAUCCACGUUUCAUAAAUCAUACCCGCUCGCACCAGAUCAUUUUUCCUCUUAAAACUCGUAAAAUACAGCCAAAUCUUUUAAAUCGUCGAUUAUCCAGAAAAUUUUCGUUCUUCUUCAAAUAUGGCACCCAUGAGGGGCAUUCUUAACCUUCGAAGAAUAGGAUUGUUACAGCGACAAUCUGAUUACUGGGGUGCAGGUUGUAGCAGAGGUUUCAAUACCCAGGCUGCUUCAACAUCCGCUACCCCUCAGCCUCCACCCCCUCCACCUCCUCCAGAAAAGACUCAUUUUGGUGGCCUCAAAGAUGAGGAUCGCAUUUUUACUAAUUUAUAUGGGCUGCAUGAUCCAUUUCUCAAAGGUGCUAUGAAACGUGGUGAUUGGCAUAGAACAAAGGACUUGGUUUUGAAGGGUUCUGAUUGGAUAGUCAAUGAAAUGAAAAAGUCUGGUCUACGUGGACGUGGUGGCGCUGGUUUUCCAUCAGGUCUCAAAUGGUCGUUCAUGCCAAAAGCUUCUGAUGGCCGUCCCUCGUACCUUGUAGUUAAUGCUGAUGAGAGUGAACCUGGAACCUGCAAGGAUAGAGAAAUUAUGAGACAUGACCCCCACAAACUGCUCGAGGGAUGCCUAAUUGCUGGAGUAGGAAUGAGGGCCAGGGCUGCUUAUAUAUAUAUAAGAGGUGAAUACGUGAAUGAGCGUUUGAAUUUGCAGAAGGCGAGGAAAGAAGCUUAUGAAGCUGGACUCUUGGGUAAGAAUGCUUGUGGUUCCGGUUAUGAUUUUGACGUCCACAUCCAUUUUGGUGCUGGUGCUUACAUAUGUGGUGAAGAGACUGCACUCUUGGAGAGUCUUGAAGGGAAGCAAGGAAAACCCAGAUUGAAGCCCCCGUUCCCCGCAAAUGCUGGUCUUUAUGGAUGUCCUACAACUGUCACAAAUGUGGAAACUGUUGCUGUAUCCCCAACCAUUCUAAGGCGUGGCCCCGAAUGGUUUGCUAGUUUUGGAAGGAAGAAUAAUUCAGGGACUAAACUCUUCUGUAUAUCUGGUCAUGUCAACAAGCGUUGCACGGUUGAAGAGGAAAUGAGCAUCCCAUUGAAGGAAUUAAUUGAAAGACACUGUGGUGGAGUGCGAGGCGGAUGGGACAAUCUACUUGCUGUGAUUCCCGGGGGUUCUUCUGUCCCCUUGCUUCCUAAACACUUGUGCGAUGACGUGCUGAUGGAUUUUGAUGCCCUUAAGGCCGUUCAAUCUGGUUUGGGGACUGCAGCUGUGAUUGUGAUGGAUAAAUCAACUGAUGUUGUGGACGCAAUAGCAAGGUUAUCUUAUUUCUACAAGCACGAGAGUUGUGGUCAAUGCACUCCAUGCAGGGAAGGAACAGGAUGGCUGUGGAUGAUUAUGGAGAGGUUAAAAGUUGGGAAUGCUAAGUUGGAGGAAAUCGAUAUGCUUCAAGAGUUGACGAAGCAGAUUGAGGGGCAUACUAUUUGUGCUUUGGGUGAUGCUGCCGCAUGGCCGGUGCAGGGUCUUAUUAGACACUUCCGGCCAGAGCUAGAAAGAAGAAUCAAAGAACAUGCAGCCAAGGAGUUGCUUGAAGCUGAAAAACGAGGUCUACUCGAAGCUACUGCAUAGAUUGUCUUACGCAGGUAUUCCUAUUAUUGAAAAAAGAGACUCUUAAGGCAUUGCCCUCUUAAGUAUACUUCAGGAGGUAGCUCAUUGUUGGUUUAAGGCAAUGCAAAAGUUUUCUCAGAUCAUGCUUGUAGGCUAUAGCAGCUGUCUGACCCGCAAUGUCGUAUUGUAUGAACAUGCUCUUCCUAAGAUAUUUUGUAUGCACUUGGUCCGUGAGACUCCCAAAACGAAACCCCCUUCAAGGGGAAUCUCGGGAUCCUGACAUUUGUUACUUUUGUAUUACCAGUUUGAACUGUAAUAUGAGACUGAUUCAAAUACCUUUUGAGAACCUUACAACCUGUUAUAAGUUUAUCCAUCUUUUUGCCAUGGCUCA